CGCGGAAGGACCGGAACUCCGGGCGGGUGGCUUGUUGAUAACAUGGCGGCAGCAGCUGCCCGGGCAUCCCGAGGAAGCGGCAGCGCCCACACCCGGAAGAAGGGGCUGUUUUCUGGCUAGUGCGGCGGCUCCUGCGGACCCGGAAGUCCCAGCCAGCUGCUGAAUGAGGGGAGCCGGGCCCUCCCCGCGACAGUCCCCCCGCGCCCUCCGCCCCGACCCGGGCCCCGCCAUGUCCUUCUUCCGGCGGAAAGUGAAAGGUAAAGAGCAAGAGAAGAGCUCAGACGUCAAGUCCAUCAAAGCUUCAAUAACAGUACAUUCCCCACAAAAAAGCACUAAAAAUCAUGCCUUGCUGGAAGCUGCAGGACCAAGUCAUGUUGCAAUCAAUGCCAUUUCUGCCAACAUGGACUCCUUUUCAAGUAGCAGAACAGCAACACUUAAGAAGCAGCCAAGCCACAUGGAGGCUGCUCAUUUUGGGGACCUAGGCAGAUCCUGUCUGGACUAUCAAACUCAAGAGACCAAAUCCAGUCUUUCAAAGACCCUUGAACAAGUCUUGCGUGAUGCUAUUGUCCUCCCAUAUUUCCUUCAGUUUAUGGAACUUCGGAGAAUGGAGCACUUGGUGAAAUUUUGGUUGGAGGCUGAAAGUUUUCACUCUACAACUUGGUCCCGAAUAAGAGCACACAGUCUGAACACAGUGAAACAGAGUUCACUGGCUGAGCCUGUCUCUCCAUCUAAAAAGCAGGAAACGGCAGCAUCUUUUGUAACUGAGUCUCUCGACAGGAGGUUGGGGGAUUCUAGUUCAGCCCCACUGCUUCUGACUCAGCCAGAAGGAGUUGCCCUGAGUAGUAGAACUCAGACCACUCAGACUCACUUGCUGCUUUCACAGGAAUGCCACAGUGCCCACUCUCUCCAUCUUGAAAUGGCCAGAACAGGAACUCAUCAAAUCUCCACAGACUCCCGAGACUCCUCUUCCAGACUUCCAGUAGCCAGUAGAAGUAGUACCUCUUCUCCACUGAGAGAACUAUCAGGAAAACUAAUGAAAAGUAUAGAACAAGAUGCAGUGAAUACUUUUACCAAAUAUAUAUCUCCAGAUGCUGCUAAACCAAUACCAAUUACAGAAGCCAUGAGAAAUGACAUCAUAGCAAAAAUUUGUGGAGAAGAUGGACAGGUGGAUCCCAACUGUUUCGUUCUGGCACAGGCUGUAGUCUUUAGUGCAAUGGAGCAAGAGCACUUUAGUGAGUUUCUGCGAAGUCACCAUUUCUGUAAAUACCAGAUUGAAGUGCUCACCAGUGGGACUGUUUACCUGGCUGACAUCCUCUUCUGUGAGUCAGCCCUCUUUUAUUUCUCUGAGUACAUGGAAAAAGAAGAUGCAGUGAAUAUCUUACAAUUCUGGUUAGCAGCGGAUAAUUUCCAGUCUCAGCUUGCUGCCAAAAAGGGCCAGUAUGAUGGACAGGAGGCCCAGAACGAUGCCAUGAUUUUAUAUGACAAGUACUUUUCCCUCCAAGCCACACACCCCCUUGGAUUUGAUGAUGUUGUACGAUUAGAAAUUGAAUCCAAUAUCUGCAGGGAAGGUGGGCCACUUCCUAACUGUUUCACAACUCCAUUACGUCAGGCCUGGACAACCAUGGAGAAGGUCUUUUUGCCUGGUUUUCUGUCCAGCAAUCUUUAUUACAAAUAUUUGAAUGAUCUCAUCCAUUCAGUUCGAGGAGAUGAGUUUCUUGGAGGGAAUGUUUCACUGGCUGCUCACGGCUCUGUCUGCCUUCCUGAGGAGUCUCACUCAGGUGGUUCAGAUGGCUCCAGUGCUCAGUCUAGUAUGAAAAAAGCCAGUAUUAAAAUUCUAAAAAAUUUUGAUGAAGCAAUAAUUGUGGAUGCUGCAAGUCUGGAUCCAGAAUCUUUAUAUCAACGGACAUACGCAGGGAAGAUGUCCUUUGGAAGAGUCAGUGACUUGGGGCAGUUCAUCCGAGAAUCUGAGCCUGAACCUGAUGUAAAGAAAUCAAAAGGAUUCAUGUUCUCACAAGCUAUGAAGAAGUGGGUGCAAGGGAAUACUGAUGAGGCCCAGGAGGAACUGGCUUGGAAGAUUGCUAAGAUGAUAGUAAGUGACGUUAUGCAGCAGGCACACUGUGAUCAGCCAUUAGAGAAAUCUACAAAGCUGUGACUCAAAACCAGAGAUAAGAAAAUGUGAUUUUGAAAAAUAAGAACUUUUCCCUUUGGUUGGAUUCUUCAACACAGCUGAUGAAAAUGGAGCACUGCAUUUCUUUCCACUUCUAGAUCACUGUUGUUUCCAAGAAAGAAUGCAAGACAGUCCAAGAUCUGUUGUUAAAUGUAGACAUAGAUGCACAUGAUGGUAACACAGUGAGUCACAAGAUAUAGAGUGGCAUUGGUGACAUUACUAGACAAUUCGUUUUCCAGUAGCUGUAACCCGCUAUGAGAGAGUUACCCACUGGAAUAGACAGGGACCACAUCCUGUGAGGCAGAGAAGCGUGAGUUGGUGUGUGGUCCACAUGCUUGCAGCCGACUCCAUCCUUAGCAGUAUCAGAAAGCACGAGACAGAGGUGCUUGUUUUUGUCCUAAAAUUCACAGGUGAGUCAGUCCUACCUGGAGCAUACAGCUCCAAGUGGCGAUAUGGGCCAGCAGCUUGUGAAGCAGGUGACGAAGAUCCCUUGUGUAGUCUUCCUUCACAGAGGCAUGCAUUUAGAGAGAAGCUGACAAGUCAUGGGUCAAGCCUCAGUGAUGUCAUCCUUCUCUUUGGUGACAGAACACAAUUUUCACAUUUCACUCACUCCUGUGAUGUUAUUAUAUCCUUAAAGCUAGUUUCUCCUCUGCUAGCAAAAGGGCACAUUUAGCUUACUUUGAGCAUCAAGACCCAUUCCUCCAUAGGAAUGCCGUGCUCCAGAUACUUUAUUCCCUCUUCGGAAUACACAUGGGAAAAAAUUAAGUAUCACUCCAGUUUUUGCCAUGUGGUACUUGGAACACAUUCUCAGAUUUUAUUUUUCUAAUAAGGUGGGGGAAAGAAGUACUCGCUUUGUAGUGUCUCCCCAGUUCUUCACUGUGAGUGGGAAAUGUGCAGUUGCCUUUUCUCUUUCUGUCUUCAGACAGUAGGAAACUCACUCGCUGCCCUGCCGCUUAGUUGGCUCUGCACCGGUGGCUCUGCCAUUGGUGGGCCACCCGCUGGCAAGCACACUCCCCUGGCCACGUGAUGCUGCCAGUGCUUCCUGUGUGUGAGUUUAGAGAGAACGGAAGUUUUCUUAGGUGUCAUUGCUUUUGCUCAGUGUGCAAAAGAAAAUAUAUAUAUAUGUGUGUGUGUGUGUAUAUAUAUAUAUAUUAUUAAUCACCUCUGUCCUUGGGAAAGUCUUGAAUGAAUAGAGAAUUUAUUUCAUUGCAAUAUUGAUUGUAUAGAGGCACACUGUUUAUCAACAGAAGAAGCAAAGAGGCUGUGUAUAAGUUUUUGGUACUAUGUACCAACUCUGUUAUUCUGAAGUAUUCAUGUACUUAAACCAUAUUCUAUUUAAUUGUGUUUGAUUUUAAAUAUAUAUAUAUAUGAAUUAUA